GGGUCAGUAAUGACUAAUGAGAGACAGUAAAUUAGCCUGCUGAUUUAGAGAAACACAGACAAGCGUUUGCUGAUCCGAUCAUCACUGAUCCAGCUUCAAGCAUGAUGCUGCUGCUCUUCCCACUGCUCUUUUCUACAGUGCAGAUCUGGGCUUACCAUGUACCAGGUCAGAAAAAGUCUGACUCUUGCCAGUGCGAUGUGAACACCACAAUAUGGUCGUUCCCUGCUCUGAGGUAUGAGGCUGUGCUGCAGCAGGUUGAAACCUGUGAGAAGUCUCUGCACGGCCUGCAGGGGCAGGUGUUGGUCUCCGGUCAGCGUCUCCCUGGCAUUCAGCUUCAAAUUUCAAACUUGACAGCACGACUUGAGCCAUACCAGUACCUGCAUGACCGCGGACUGUACACAGCGCUGUCCCUCCGUCUGCUGGGCCAGGAGCUCAGCCAGCUGGAGACGGACGUCACCGUUGUGCACAGCCAGCUCAACAACGCCCAGUCGCAGAAACUCCACAAAGAGGUGGGUAAAUUGCAUAAAGAUGUGCUAAAGAUGCAAACGUCAGACACGGUGAACAUGAAGACAGUCAAGGAGAAACUUCGCUACCUGAAGAACAACGUUGAGUCCUGCAAGUCGAUCCCAAAAGACUUCAGAGGCCAGAACAAGUACUGCAUGAAGGGCCUGAUCACCAACAUCAGUGACCCCAUUACCACCAAAAUCAAUCCCUAUGACAAGAACCACAUCUCUGGAUCAUGGGGCAAGCAGGCGCAGAUGGACAGCGGGUCGGACACAGAAACCUACUGGGUUCAGACACUUACCAGCAGCAACAUCUAUGGAAACAUAGUCCGCCUUUACCAAACCUACAAAGACUUCAUGCGUUCUUCCAACCACAGGGACGCUACUUUCUCGUCCUCUGUCACAGCUCCCACCGCCAUUGAGGGUCCUAGUGCUGUGCUGUACGGUGACGGUCUGUACUAUCACUGCUACCGCUCUGCAGAUAUUUGCCGCUACGACCUGAAGACCAAUGAGGUCAAGCGGGUGACCCUUCCUGGCACGGGUGUGGGCUUCAACAACAAGUUUCCAUAUUGUUACUAUGAAUGCCGCUCAAAUAGCGAUGUGGAUGUUGAAGCUGAUGAAACCGGGCUGUGGGCUUUAUAUGCCACUGUUGGCAACCAUGGUAAUCUGGUAGUGAGCAAGCUGUUUUGGGACGACAACUCAAAGACGAUCAACGUGUCGCAAACCUGGGAGACGAGGCUGUUCAAGAAGGCAGCGACUAACGCUUUCAUGGUAUGUGGUGUGAUGUACGCCACCCGCUACGUAGAUGAAUACAGAGAGGAAGUAUUCUACGCCUUCGACACAGCAACAGGAAAAGAGGACAACUCUCUGGCACUGCCACUGGAAAAGGUAGCCAAAGGAGUGGCUAGUCUGAGCUACAACCCGGUCAACAGGCAGAUCUACAUGUACAAUGAUGCAUAUCUUCUGGCCUAUCAGGCCUACUUCUGAGUUUUGAAGCAGAAUAUUCUCCUCAAAUCACAUCUAACACCUUUUUCUGUUGCUAUUCUAAGAAAAAAUGAAGUAUGUAUAAAUAAAUGUCUUGUUUUAAUGCAAUUUUCCUUUCUUUUAUAAGAUACUUAAAAACUUGCAAUAAACUUGUUUUAGGUGAAUAAAAA